CUGUUUUUAUUCUAGUUUGUUAUGAAAUAUUAUUAAGUGAAAAUAAAUACUAAUUAGCAAUUACAAUAAAAUUCACAAAUCAUUAAUAAACUGUUAUACACGUUUACCAUUUUAUUGUAAAAAAAAUUAUUGUUAAUACGAAAAUAUAAGUGAAAAUAUAAAUAUACGAAUACCUACAUACAUGUAGUGAUAUUAAUUAUGUUGAGUUUUAUACUUGCAAUUAAUGCAAAUCAUAGAAUUUAUCAGGAGCUUUAUGAUAGUCCAGCGAUCACACCAACAUCUUUUUCAAUAUUUGUUAUGUUUUUUUAUAUAAAUGUUUUAUAUUUAAUGAUUUCUGUUUUCAUAACAUUUCAUCGUAUCAAUGCUGAUAACUAAAUUAAAAUUGGCGGGAUUCUAAAUAAUUUUUAUAAACAAAAAAAGAACAAAGAAAAAAAUUUCAAUACAAAUAUAAACAAUAGAAAAGAAUUUCAUUAAUUUAUAAUAAAAAAUAAAUAAGAAAUAAAUAACUUGUUUAAUAAAAAAAUCAAAAAAUGCUAGAAAAAAAUUUUUACCACUUUAAACCAAAUAAUUAUAAUGAUGAUUUCAUUCUUAGUCAAAAUACAAUUAUACCUAAAGAUAUAACAAAGUACUUAAAAACGUUUCAAUUGGGUGCUAUUAAAUUUUUGUACAAAAAUUUUGAAACACAUAAAGCAUGUAUUUUAAAUGAUGAAAGUGGUUUAGGUAAAACUGCAUCUGUAGCAGUUUUCUUAAAUGUUAUAUUAGCAAAUAAUGAAAAACGAAAAUGUUUAAUUAUUUGUAAAAAUGAAGAACGUAUAAACAAUUGGAAAUUUCAUUUAGAUAUCUUAACUGAUCUGGCAUUUAAGGUAGCAUUUAACGAAAAUGAAAUUGAUGAGCAUACAGUUUAUUUAACAAAAUGGGAAUCUUUGAGAUCUUCAGCUUCUUUAGCAAAUUACAAAUUCGAUUGUAUCAUUGUAGAUAAUCGAGAAAAUUUGAUGGCAAAUAAAAUUUGUCUUGCUUAUCUAUUAAGAAAUUAUGAAAAUAAAAUUUCUCUAAUAAUCGCAAAUCAAGAUGUCACGAUUGACCUUAAAGAAUUCCAUUCAAUAUUAAGAUUGUGUGGAAGAUUAGAAACAAAAUAUCGAGAUUUUAAAAUUUUUGAAGAUAAAUUUGAACUACCCCUGGUACAGGGAUGUUCAAGUGAUAAUCAAAAAAUUUUGGAAUCUUAUUUUUUAAGAAGAGAAAAAAUACUUAAUUAUUGCAAAGAAUUUUGUCUAAGACGUUUUCGUCAUCAAUAUGAAAACCAAUUGCCUCUUGUUUCUCCAAAUGUAUAUCGAUUAAAUUUAAAGAAAUGGGAAGAUGCACCAACGAUUGCAAAAAUUAAACCAGUUCAGUUGAAUGUGUUUGCAGUUAAUCAAACAGCAUCUUAUUUGGAUCGAGAUACUGAAGAAAUGCAUAACUCUUUCAUUAAUAAAAUCAAUCAAGAUGGUGAUCCUUCAAGUUCAUUUUUUACUAGAAAAGAAGAAGAUGAAUUCAAUAUAGAGGUUUGUAGAAUAACAACAACAAUAACAGAUAAUGCAGUAGAACAAAGUACGGAAGUAAUGUCACCUCUGGUAUUUAUUCCUGAUGAUUCUAGUGAGAUUUAUUUUGACGAUAAUGACGAUAAAAUUGAUGACUUGGUUUCUUCAACUACAAAAGAUGAAAGUGAAAUUAGAAUAAUCCAUCCUGCUCCAAUACAUAUUAACGAUGUUUCGAAACAAUCACGUCCUGAAGGUAGACUUAAAGUGAAAAAAAACGACAGCAAAGAAAAAGCAGAAUGCAACGAAACCGACGACGAACCACAAUUAGUUCAAGUUACUCGUUUAACACCUAGAACUAGAAAAGAUAAAAACUCAAGAUCGGGAUAUAAAAAAUUAAAAAUAACUAGAGUUUCUACUCGAGCUCAAGAUAGAGUAACUAGAUCACAAGCUCAUAAAAAUAAAUAUUUGACUCUAAGCAUUGAGGAUACACUUGAGAAAAGUAAGCGUGAUUUGGAGGAAAUAAAAAAACUAAAAACUUUAAAAAAAAAGAAAAAUCUUUGUAAGCCUACAGAAAACAAAAACCAAUCAAGUACUAAUAAGGGUAAAAUAAAAAGUCCUUCCAAAAAUUUAAAAGAAAGUAGUAUGAGUGCAAAUAAGGACGAAAAUAUAGUUUCGACAAGUUGUAACACUAUAAAUUCAAGCAUAGAAGAUGACUCAUUGUUAUUAGAUCCAAAUUUUGAUACAACACUCAGCAGUUCUGAUUCGUCUGCAAAUAUUCCUAAAAAGAAAACAAAGAAAACCAUGCGUGAUCAUAAUGAAUCGCAAUUAUCAGGAUUAAGCUUUUUAGAGGUUCAACAAAGUGAAGCUGUACAUAUAGUUGAAAGUACUCCAGAAUUAAUAGUCUUAUCAAGUUCGUCUGAUUCUUCGAUUCGUACUAAUAAAAAUAAAAUUAAUAAUCCAUUUAAGAAAAUAAAUUUAGAAAAAGUAUCAACAAAAUUAAAUAAAACUAUUGCAUCUCCUGACAUAUUUGGUAGUGCAGUAGAUGAAUCUUUGACUAUAAUAUGCUCACAGAAAAGUAACCAUAUUCAAAACAAAAAAGUAAGAAAAAGUAAAAGUCCAACAGAUUGCAGAAAUAAUGAAAUUGUUGAAAAACAUACUAGAACACGCACAAAUUCAAAUAACAUUGCACAAAAUAACAAAAUAACUAAAUAUUUAAAAUCGGAUUAUGCUCAAGAUUCAGAAAAAGAAAUAGUAUCAUCAUCUUCACAAUCAAUACAUUCUAGUCCGGCACUUACAUAUCCUAAAACUCCGAAAAAAAAGAAAGUUAUAAUGAAAAAAAAUAAAAUUGAUUCUCGCGAAGGGAGCGCAUCAAAACCUUCUCCACAUUCAAGAACUACGUCCUCAGGUACUACACCAACAAAAACUCCAACUGCCUUAACGAAAUGGUUAUUCAAAUCAAAUAAUAAUCGAGAAAUAACUUCUCAAAAGAAUACAAGUGUCGAUUUAAGUAAGGGCGAAGAAAUUGUCACAUCUUCAAGAGUAACACGAUCUCUGGCUGUAAAAAACAGGAGACGUAGAUUGGAUUUAUCCUUUGAAAAACAAUAAUAAAAAAUUGGAAUUUUCAACCAAAAAGAAUCAUAAGCUUAAAGAAUAUUUUCUAAUUUAAGUAAAGUUAAACAUUUAAAAACCAUAUUUUUUUCUUAAACAAUUAAACAAAUACUGUUUAUUUCAAUUGCAAUAUUUUGUUACAUUAGACUUUUUACGAGAUUUUUAAUAUUGUUCGAUUAUUUUGUAAAACGUAAUAAAAAUAUAGACAAUAUAAACAAAUUUUUAAAUAUAAAUACAUAAUUUUCAAAUGAAUGCU